UUAACCUCGAAAAAAAUUCUGUGGCAUUUCCAAAAUGAAGAUUAUUUUCAACUGAAUUUUCUUCAAUAAAAUUUAUAUGAGGCAAACCUUUUAUGGAAACGUAAAUAUUAGAGAAAUCCUGAAAAAAUGACAAGCUUCCUGAAAAACAUUUUACCAAAGCUGAAUUUUAUAUCUAAACACCCCAAUUUAGCCUUUUCUAAAACUAUUCUGCCUAAUAUUACAAAACUGAAUUAUUUUUCGAAUUUACCUCAAGAAGAUCCUCUCACACCUUAUGAAGUCAUCAAAGAUGACAAAGUAAAAGAAGCUGAAGAUAAAAUCGUCAAGUCAGAAAUUGUUAAAAAAAUAACCGAAAAAGUAUCAAAUGUGAGGGAACCUAUAUUCGCCGUUGUUCAUGUCGCUGGUAAACAAUUUAAAAUCACUAGUGGAGAUAUAAUUGUUGUAGAAGGUUAUUGGCCGCCUGAUGCUGGUGAUAAGUUGACCUUAGACAAGAUAAUGCUGGUUGGUGGGAAGGAAUUUUCACUAAUUGGAAAGCCUCUCAUUCAAAGGGACUUAGUAAAAAUUGAAGCUACGGUUAUUGAAAAAACACUGUCUCACACAAAAAUUCACUUCAGGAAAAAAAGGAGGAAGCAAUACAUGAGAAUUAAUUUUUACAGAAUACCACAAACUAUGGUUUUAAUAAAUAAUAUCAAGUUUGUGGGGGAACUCGAUAAUCCACCAGAUGUGAGUGAACCAAAAAGCAGAUCGAUGUGAAUCGGUGUUUUGUGAGUUCCAUUGGAUAAACAGCAAAUAUUUGUUUUUUAUCAAUUUUGGUAAUGAUAUUAUAUUGACUACAAGUGUUAGUGUAUUAUUCCAACAUACUAAAAAAUAAUAAUUGAUUUCACAGUGUUAUCCAACAUUAUUAAUUAAAAAUUCCACAAGAGUUUUUGAUGAAUAUA